CAGACUAAGAAGAGAAGGAACAACGGACGUGCAAAGAAGGGCCGUGGUCAUGUCCAGCCCAUCCGCUGCACCAACUGUGCCCGCUGUGUUCCCAAGGAUAAGGCCAUCAAGAAGUUUGUCAUCAGGAACAUUGUGGAGGCGGCCGCUGUGAGGGACAUCUCAGAAGCUAGUGUGUUUGACUCAUACGUAUUGCCCAAGCUGUACGUGAAGCUGCAUUACUGUGUUAGCUGUGCCAUCCACAGCAAGGUGGUGAGAAACAGAUCCCGGGAGGCCCGCAAGGACCGAACACCACCUCCCCGCUUCAGGCCUGGUGGUGCUCCACCCAGAGCUCCUGCAAAGCCCAUGUGAAGCAAAUCAGCCAUCACAUUCUGUGCAUUUUAAUGCAGAAAAAUUAAAAAACAUCUAAAACAGG